AUGGCUGGGGAGGCCGAGCUGAGCGCAGUGGACAAACUUAGUCUCGGCUUGUCGAGAUCGUAUUACGCGCUGGCCCGGGCGCUGCGCCUGAACAAGCUGCACGACCUGCUGGCCUCGGGGGCGUCGAUCACUCCCGACGCCCCCGUCUGGCUUCUCGGCCAGUGCUACUCCUGCCCGCCAGGGGCCAGCGAGGCGCAGCAAGAGGAGGCGCUGGCGCGCAUGCUGCACCACUACCAGAGCAUCCCCUGGAUGUCCUACCGCACCGGCUUCACCAGCAUCGCCGCGGGCUCGGCGCACCUGCAGAGCGACGCGGGCUGGGGCUGCACGCUGCGCAGGCAAGCCGCCGCCUGCUGUGCCCGCACGCCACGCCGCACGCCCGCCUGGCGCUGCUCUGGCACGGUCCUCGCUUGUUGA